CCAAAUGCUCUAAAACGUGACAAAUAUACAAAUCUUUUAUGCUAUAAAACGUCAAAAGUAUGGUGCUGCUCUCUCCCAACCAAAAUCGGAUAAUUUAAACCCAAAUAGUUUGUGGUUGAUUAUAAAUUGGAAGGUAUGGUUGUAGAGAACUGUGUGCGCGCUGGCUGGUAGUAAUAGAAUUUGCCAAUUUGGGGAGGUGGGUCUCCGUCGAUGAGAAGAAGGCUUCAACUUGACUCUUCACUGUCUCUCAGUCAGACACCAACGCAAACACAAGCCCUGCAACUUCUACCCUGCCCCAACUCCCCUCUUUCAGAUUGUUAGAAUGUCUGCUUCUUUAGUCAGAACUCUUGGAAUAUCAACGGAUUCGAUGGCAAUAAAGCCACCUUUGCAUCGUAACUAUGAUACGAAGAGUUUCAUCAAGCUAGCUUUUGCCAUAGAUUCAGGAAAUCAAGGCAAUCAUAGAAAGGCUCCUACAAACAGGCGGAUUGUUAGGAUGUCUGCAUCUGUAACCAGAAAUCCUGAAAUAUCAAUCAAUUCAAUGGCAAUAAAGCCUCCUUCUCAUCCCACCUAUGAUAUGAAGGGUGUCAUCAAGCUAGCUCUUGCUGAAGAUUCAGGCGAUCGAGGAGAUGUGACAUGUAUGGCCACCAUUCCGUCUGAAAUGGAAGUGGAAGCCCAUUUCUUGGCCAAGGAGGAUGGUAUCAUAGCUGGGAUUGCACUUGCAGAGAUGGUAUUUCAUGAGGUUGAUCCUUCUCUGAAGGUGGAGUGGUCUCGAAAAGAUGGUGAUUACGUUCAUAAAGGGCUGCAGUUUGGAAAAGUGUCUGGACGAGCACACAACGUAGUCGUAGCUGAAAGGGUUGCGCUAAACUUUAUGCAGCGGAUGAGUGGAAUAGCGACUCUGACUAAGGCAAUGGCAGAUGCUGCAUACCCUUCAUGCAUUUUGGAGACGAGAAAAACUGCUCCAGGUUUACGACUAGUGGAUAAAUGGGCGGUAAUGAUUGGUGGUGGACGCAAUCAUAGAAUGGGCUUAUUUGAUAUGGUGAUGAUAAAAGAUAAUCACAUAUCAAUAGCUGGAGGUAUUAUAAAUGCCAUCAGAGCUGUUGACCAGUAUCUAGAGCAAAACAAUCUUCAAAUGGAGGUUGAGGUUGAGACCAGGACUCUUGAGGAGGUAAAGGAGGUAUUGAGCUAUACAUCUCUAAUGAAAUCGUCAUUGACCCGGAUAAUGUUGGAUAAUAUGGUUGUACCUCUGCCAAAUGGGGAUGUCGAUGUGUCUAUGCUUAAGGAAGCUGUGGAAUUGAUCAAUGGGAGAUUUGAGACCGAGGCAUCGGGCAAUGUUACUCUAGAAACAGUACACAAUAUCGGACAAACAGGGGUGACCUACAUUUCUAGUGGUGCACUGACUCAUUCUGUAAAAGCCCUCGACAUCUCCCUCAAAAUCGAUACGGAGCUGGCCCUUGAAGUUGGACGGCGUACAAAGCGGGCAUGAUUUUGUUCAGACUACAAUUUAUUUCUUUCUUUGAUGACUUUGUUAAGUGUUCAUGAAUCAUGACUCGGAAAAUAAGGUAAUAAAAAUAAGGGGAACUAGUCACCACCUUCUGUAUUUCUAUCAGAAGGGUGGUGGUGUGGUUUUAGCAGAAAAGUCUCUCGUUGGUUAUUCUUCUUUUGCUGAUAAUACAUAAUUAUGUAUCUCGACAGCCUGACAUAAGGAUAAGGUGGCAUGGAUGUGUACUAGGUAGUUGUUGAGACUUUAAUUAAAUUACCGUAAAGUUUGAUAAAGUUUGUGUUUCUCUAAUGUUUAAAGGGGGUGUAUGUGACUGGUUCUUA